AUGGCGAUGAUGAUGGCUGGCCGUGUGCUGCUGGUGUGUGCCCUCUGCGUGCUGUGGUGCGGUGCCGGCGGAGGUUGUGAAGAAGGGGAGGUUGCAGUUGUUGCCGGUAGUCCUGGGAAUGUUAGUGUAGUGACACCGAAUUCACAACUUGAAUUGCCACUACUGGAAGGUCAGGCAUCAAAUAUACAAUCACCAAAAGUUGGAAAAGAACUUCCCACUGUUGCGGGAGUAUCUUCGGAAAUAACUGAAAAAAAUAAUGCAGGAGGAGGAGGAGGAGAAAAUGAAGAACUUCAAGAACGCCAACGACAAGGCCAAGCUGGUGGAAUACGUCAUGAUGGACAAGAUGGAGCACACAAAGAGGAGGAUCGGCAAGAAGAACAAGAGGAAACUAAGAAAAAAAGAGUAAAAGACCAAAACAGCCAUGAAAGCGAUCCAGUGAAAUUGGCAGAGUUGCCUUUAAACCAAAUAAAAGACUCACCGUCACAUUCAUCGAAUGAUGUUGAAAAGAGCGACAAAAAGAUAUCCGGAAUUGCCACUCCACUAGGAAAUGGAGAUCAACUGCAAGAUGCAUUGCGUCCGUUGCCGAAUGCAUCAACAACACUUUCAACGGAGGAAAAUACAUCAUUUUAUUCUACUGGCAGCGGUGGUGAUGACAACAGUCACGAGAAAAAUAAUGACGCGAAUAAUGCCCCACAGUCUUCUUCCACCGGAAUAGAACAACAAGACACGGAACCUCAUGGGAAAAGUAUUACUUUCACAGACAGCGGGGAAGCAUCAAAAUUGCCAGUCACAACCGUCACCAAAACAAGCGAUACGGUGGCAGCUGGCGGCACUCCCUCAGCAGCCAUGGCCUUGCAGCAUAACACUGGAAUGGAGGACAUUCCGGCCACCCCUGAUUCGAGCCAACCAUCCACUGGAGGCGCAGAACAACCCAGUGCGACUCCCGAUCGUGAAGAGGCAUCAGACAGCACAGAGAAUGGGAUCUCUCAGAGUGCAGGAUCAGCAACAGAAGCAAUGACGACAGCCAAAACAAAUGAUACGACGACGCCUGUCGACAGUGACAGCAGCACCGCGGUCUCCCACACCACCUCCUCUCUUUUGCUUCUUCUUCAUGCGGCUGCGGCUGCGGUGGUGGCCGCGUGA